CCUCUCCUGCUGGUCACUGCCUCCCACCUGGGGCUAUCAUCCCUGCUCAGUCCUGCAGCCUGGACUGAGUCCUCCAUCACCAUGGGGCUGGUGAGAGGCCGGGCCGGAAACUAGGACCCGCCCUCCCAUCACUGAGCACUGCUCCUUCCUCAUUUUGCUGCUGAUUCUAGCCCAAACAAAACAGACUGAGCCCUUUUCUACCCUCUGGCAGCUCGUCUCUGGCUGUGGGUGCCUUCUGAGGUACUGCAGACAGCACCAGCCAAGUUGGGAGGCCUGGGCCAGCGCAAUCAGGACUCUGACAGUGUGCCUGGCUCUUGGACCUCGUUCAGCCCUGUCUGUGGGAGGAGAGAAAAGUUUGUCGUGGCAGCCUGAGGAUGAUGCCCCAGCUUCAGUUCAGAGAUGCCUUUUGGUGCAGGGACUUUAUGGCCCACACGGGAUAUGAGGUGCUGCUGCAGCGGCUGCUGGAUGGCAGGAAGAUGUGCAAGGACAUGGAGGAGAUGCUGAGGCAGAGGGCCCAAGCAGAGGAGCGGUACGGGAAGGAGCUGGUGCAGAUUGCCCGGAAAGCAGGUGGCCAGACAGAGAUCAAUUCCCUGAGGGCCUCCUUUGACUCCCUGAAGCAGCAAAUGGAGCACGUAGGCAGCUCCCACAUACAGCUGGCCCAGGCCCUGCGUGAGGAGCUCCACAGCCUUGAGGAGUUCCGAGACAGGCAGAAGGAGCAGAGGAAAAAGUAUGAGGCCAUCAUGGACCGUGUCCAGAAGAGCAAGCUGUCACUCUACAAGAAGGCCAUGGAGUCCAAGAAGACAUAUGAACAAAAGUGCCGGGAUGCAGAUGAUGCCGAGCAGACCUUUGAGCGUAUUAGCACCAAUGGCCAACAGAAGCAGGUGGAAAAGAGCCAGAAUAAAGCCAAGCAGUGCAAGGACUCAGCCAUGGAGGCAGAGAGGGUGUACAGGCAGAACAUUGAGCAACUGGAGAAGGCACGAGGCGAGUGGGAACAAGAGCACCGAACCACCUGUGAGGCCUUCCAGCUGCAAGAGUUUGACAGGCUGACCAUCCUCCGAAAUGCCCUAUGGGUUCAUUGCAACCAGCUCUCCAUGCAGUGCGUCAAGGAUGAUGAGGUCGGGGAGCCAAAGCUCUAUGAGGAGGUACGGGUGACCCUGGAAGGGUGCAGUGUAGAAGCCGACAUCAACAGCUUCAUCCAGGCCAAGAGCACAGGCACUGAGCCCCCAGCUCCAGUGCCCUACCAGAAUUACUACGACCGGGAAGUGGCCCUAUCAUCUGGUAGCCCUGGAAUACAACCUUCAUGUGGCAUGAUAAAAAGGUUCUCUGGGCUGCUGCAUGGAAGUCCCAAGACCACACUGUUGGCAACCUCUGCAGCCUCCACAGACACCCUGACUCCCACCUCCAAUCAGAAUGAGGGUGUCUACGCCGCUGUUGCAGUACAGGAGGCACCGGAACCCCCUACCCUGCCAGCUCGUGACUACAGGGCAGUCUAUGACUACAGAGCCCAGAAUUCUGAUGAGCUGGACAUCUCUGCGGGGGACAUCCUGGAGGUUAUCUUGGAAGGGGAGGAUGGCUGGUGGACAGUGGAACGAAAUGGGCAGCGUGGCUUUGUCCCUGGUUCCUAUCUGGAGAAGCUCUGAGAAAGGAGCAACAGCCCUCACCUGAACCUACCCUAUCUGUGGGGCCGGUAGUGUCUCCAUCACUGCAAGUCCAGAGCCCCAGCACCAAGCCAGACCCCCAACCCAUGACUGCUGGUUGUACCCACAACAGUUUCUUCUAGAGGGAAUAAAGGAGUAUGUACAUUCUUCCUCCUUGGUCUGUGGGUGUCCCUUUCUCUCUUACUCCCGCCCUGUGUCCAAAUGUUCAAUUCAGAGGAAGCAAAGAACUGAGGGAAGAUGUCUGGGAGAACAGAGUUGCCCACUUCCAGUCCCUGGAAACUCCCAGACUGCCAGAGACACAUUCACAGCAGGCAAACGGGAGAAGGCCAUGGGCGUCAGGAGGAAGGAGGAGCAAGAAGGGGCUCAGGAGAGCUGGGAUGGGGGAACCAGGCUUCCUCAGGGCAGAGGGAUUGGAGCAGGGCCUCUGAUGGACAAUAACAGAUAAGACACAAGGAAGAGAAGACCAUCAGGGCCAGGAGGUGUGUGAGCACAAGGAGGAGGCAGGAAUGCCUGAAACAUUCUAGGGAUAAGCCAAGCUCAUUUUGAGGCAGGAAACAGUAGACGGGCCCACUGGAGGUAGAGGAGCCAUGGUGGGGAAUCAAGGAAGGCAGGCUUAGAGGUUUAUAGGUAAAGUAAUCCUCACAGUCUGCCUGACCCAGCUGGAGGACAGGGAAGCCACUGCUGCCUGUGUUGCUCCUUCUCAAACAUGGCAAAUCCUGCCCAGGCAGGGGUUCAGAGCCUGUGUAGGCUGAACCAGGGCACAGAGGUGGCCAUGGUUCUUUAUGCUCUCAGGCUUUUCUUUGGACCCAGGCCCCCAAACAUAACUUCUACUGUUGGCGAAGACCUUCCAAAACUCUGCUCCAGUCAUGGUGGGCUCCAUCCAUGCCAGAAGCUUUGGGAAUGGGUGUGGGGAGAGUUCCCAUGAGAAUUGGUAGAUCCUUAGUUCUGGGCCUCCCCCACAUUCACCUGUGAGAGCUCCAAUACCUUGCCAGCACAACAAGCCAGCAGCCCACCCCAACUCAGGGCCAGAGAGACUGUAGGGAGUAGGGUGGCACAUGGUUCUCCUCCACUGGACACACCUUGAAAGGCACUCUUGAGAAUGUUAUUGUCCCCUGUAGACCAUCUUUCUCCAGGACUGUGGAUUAUUUUGCUUGUUCAUUCAUAAUCCUUUGUGGCCUGACCCCUAUAAGAGCAAGAUGAAUAAAGUCGCCGUCUCUUGCUUUAUUCAAGGAGCUCUUGACCUGGUGGACAGGAUCAAACAACCCAGAAAGUUAAUGAUAAUACAGGAUGUAUAGAGCAGUCAUGAGGCUUCUGAAAUAGGUGACCUGAGAUAAGCCAAGGAAACAGGGAAGCUGUUCCAAGAGAGGAAAGGGGUUCCUUUUGACUCCUGCCUGUUUCUGGUAACCCCACAUAGGGUAGGGAGAGGGUUCAUGUAUGUAACAGAGAAAGGAGAGAGUGUCAUCACUAGAACUCCCUAGGAUUUAGAAUUAGAAGAGACUCUGAAAGAACUAGUCUGACCUACUGCACGAUGCCCACACUGUCACUCCUGAAGACUGGGCACUGGGCACCCCAGUUGACUUCAACACCUCUGGUGACAGGAUCUCAUGACACCCAUGGAAGCCUGAAGUGGACCUGUGGCUUCCCACUGGUCCUGGCUUUGCCUGGAUGGCCAUCUACCUGAUGCCUUACAUAGGAUCAUUUCACAUGUCCAGGCAAGUUUCAGAUGCCACAGGGGCAAAAAUGAGGCCUUUGACCAAGCUCUUACCUAGGAAGAAGGCAAGGAGGGGGCUGGUAAAGGAGGUUACUCUUGAGUUUACAGCAGCUGUCCAUCUUUGUGCCCUCAUCUUCAUCACUUGAGCAAAGAAGUGGGUGUGAUUAAGUAAACAUGACACCUGGUACAGGAGGGGGCGGGCUUUCUUCUUUCAGGAGGGAAAGUGCCUUUGGUAGUGGCAUCUCACCCCAGUCUCAGGUAUGUAGGCACCUCACAAGUCUACAAAGCAUCCAGGCUGAGGCCAGGCAGAGGUGAAAAGGCACAAGGCAGCACCAUGGUAGGAUCCUGGAAGCAAGACUCUGGAGCUGUGGACCAGAUUAGUCCUCUGCCAGUGUCACCUACCACAGCUUCUACCAGAGGGUGUGUGGCAGACAGCAUAGGAAAAGGCUUUGGGCCUCUGAAACAAAAUAUCAUACUGAGGCUUAAAUCCUUCCUGAAAUAUCAUUUUUCCUCAUAAAGCACAUCCUAUGAGAGAACUGUCCAAAUGUCCACACCUGUCCCUGACCCGUCUAAGGUUUAUACAUAGGGAUAUUUGGACAAAAAUAUUAUCUAAUGCUUGGUCUUUUAUCUCCCUGGAGAGAAAUACAGUGAUACCUCGGUUCUCAAACGCCUCGGUUCUCGACCAAAUCGGUAUUCGACCAGGAGAUUCGAGAAACUUUUGUCUUGGAAU